AUGUCUCUGAACCCGAAUCAAAAGACCUUGGAUGGGAGGUGCCGGCUCGCGAUGGCAACCGAAUUUCUUUUCCAAAAGCCCAGCUUUGUGUACGAACGCCUAUUCGCGGUCCGAUUGGGUUAUUGCUUGAACAAAGCCGCGGAACUGUCCGACGACAACGGCGCGAGGCCUUAUCGUCACUUUUUCGAUGAUGAUCCUCUGCGACUGGACGCGCAGUAUUAUCUGGCUUUUCGGAAGAUGUUCCGGAAGCUGGCGCAGAAGUGGCGAGCCGGCUCUGAUGGCUCGGACCUUCGCUGGUCGUACGAUCAGCUGCAGUGGGACUGGCGGAGCUUUCAUGGGAAACGUUUAAAGCACACGGAUCACUACACGGGGAAGUAUCCAAUCCGCCCCGUGCCGGAGAUGUUAGCCGACAAUCCUUCAGAUUUUCUCGUCAAGUUUCCGACAAAAAUCCAGGAUGCCUUGUGCGACUGCGAUGGAGCAGAAAGCGACUCCGAUUCGGAUAGCUACGGCUCAGCUGCGAGCAGACGGCAUAGUGACUACAGCUCAGCUGCGAGCAGUGUGUGCCCAAGUGACCCUGAAGACGGGGAAGGAGAGAAUCAGCUAGAGGCAGGAACAUAUCUAGCAACUUCGACGACAACGUCUUCAGGUCAUGAGCAGUUCCAAGAUUUCGUACCGGGACCUGACCCGGCAACAGUUUCUCCUUCCUCUGCGUCGGUCUCUCCCCCUGGAAACAGUGAAAGUGGAACUUCCGGAGAAACGAUAAACGGCGCAGCUGGAAACCCUACACAAAGAACUGACAUUGAGAAUGACGCUUCGCGAGAACCAACUGACAUUGAGAGUCGAACAGAAAGCUGCGAGGACUUGUAUUUGGAGGUCCUGCGCGAAAAGGUAGGGACGAAGAUGCCGCGGCACUUCUGGAAUGUAUUCGUCGAUCGUGGGACGGACUAUUUGGAAAAGUUCCACACUGUUGUUGAAAGCCAAAAGCAGACAUCUCCGGGAAGACAGAGACGUCCGCUGCGUGACACGGAGUGGAGCGUAUUUAAUAUUCACAGAAAACACGACACCUAUGUCUAUGUAUACUCAUUUUUUCUUGUACGUCAACAUCAUGGUCUGCGUCUGCUGCGACGGAUGACGCCCCUCUCCAGAAUGUUAGUCAGAUUUUUCUUAGGCUGUUUCCAACGCUCCAUGAGGUCCCUAGAAGUAGAAGAUCUCCUAAAUUCAAUCUGAUAUUUAUAGGUGCGGUUUCUGAUGACGAUGGCCAGAGAGACCUGUAACCCUUCUCGGACGUAUGAAAGCAUGGAGAGCGUGCGAUACACAAUACUGCACGAGUACGAUUCCGAUGCACUUGCAAAGGGCUGCCACAAAAGCGACAAAGCUUUCUUUCGCGAAGUUCUCGACUUCUUUCACCAGAAGGUGGCGCGCUCUCCAACCCGCAACAGUGGUGCUAUUACGAGUCCGAGUUGGUGGGCAGAUAGCCGCCCACCACUCGAUCACCUCCCUUACCACACGAUCACCACUCGAUCGAUCAUCGAUGGAAAGGUCGUGACUUGGAAUCCACAUCCCUUUGAGCAGUUUCACAACUACAAGGACAUGGACUCACACGAAAUAGAUAGACACGCAGAUUGGGUACUUGGACCAAGUCCGCACGUAGCUGUUCUAGAUGGCAGGUGCCGACUUGUUAUGGCGACCGAGUUUCUUUUCCAGAACUACGACGCAGUGUACCAAACGUUGGAGUACAGGGUGAAGCACGGUAAGACACCCUUUGUACUACCAAGAAAAUCUAGACGUUGACGUUGAUAUGAAAUAUAUAGAUGAGCGGGGCCCUUUUGGUUUUGAUAGCAGUAAGUGGGGUCAAGUUUAGCUCAUGAAAGUACUCGCCGGAGCUCCUACAGCCCCGAGUCCGCCCCCACUCACGUCACUCACACGGGAAAGUAGUGCAAAAAGAGCUGAUCUUAUCUUCAUGCGCAUGUAAUAAAAACGUAAACGAUUUCGAUCGCAGGUUACUGUCUCAACCCUUCCCUGCGCGAAACCUGGUCGCGCACUCGAUAUGGGCCUCGGGAGCUACUAGACCAAGACUGGCACCCAUAUUUCCGCAAAAUGUUUCGAAAAUUUGCAAAAAAGUGGAUCGCGGGUUCUGAUGGAACCGAUCCUCGCUGGUCAUACGACCAAUUUCAGUGGGAUUGGCGGAGCUUCCACGCAAAACGGUUGAAGAAUAUGGCCCCGUACAAGCAACGAGUGGAAGGUGGAUGGGGAACAUUCCCGGAGAUGCUAGCAGAUAAUCCCGAGAGAUACUUUGUUGCUGUCCACUCGAAAAUCGAGGACGAAUUCUAA